AUGGCGGCUAGAGGCAGGGAGGUGGUCGUCGGCGGCGAGAAAUGUGGAGAAGGGGGUGGGGGAUUGCAUGGCUCGGUGGCGGUGGGGGAUAGAGUUUCGACCCGCAAACGCGCCGCGAAACCUUCAGUGGUGGCGCCACACCCCAAAGACAAUGGGAGGCCUUGGCUCUUCUCCAACUUGCUCACCCUCAUCUUCCACGGGCGGCCAUGGCUCUCAAGCAGCAAGGGCAGCACCACCACAGUCGAUGAUGCAGAGAACACUCAUGCAAAAGAAAAAGAUGCAGAGAACAGUCGCCUCAGCUCAGAGCGUCCUGCGAACCAAUCUGUUGUUGGAUGCUAUCGUCGACGCCACCACGGCGCCCAACGGCACUUCCUCCCUGUGCGCAAACGGCUGAGCACGUCGCGGUCGCCACUGAUAUACCUCAGCACCAUGCUGCCAAGUACCACCAGCCGACACAGCUUGAAGUCUUUGGAAGAUUUGUCGUGCAUAGCACCUGCCGACCAGUUGGGAAAGGCUGCUGUUGUCACGUCCAUAUCUUCUCUUUUUCCCUUCAACGUUACGCUGCCUGCUAGGUCGUGCUCUGUUCGUGGUCCAGGAUCGAAGUGGUGCCGAUCGAGUCACCUAGCUUGCUUGAAAAGGGAGACGCCAAGUUGGGCGUGGCCAUGUCCACAGACCACAGCUAGCGCGGCUACUGCUGCGGAGCGCCUCCCCGCCUCCUUGCACUGCACCCGCUACCGUCCCCGAGCCGCCAUGGCCGUCGCCGGCGAGCUUCAGAAGGUGCGGAUCCAGCAAGACGAUACGACCUUCGAUGCCUAUGUUGUCGGCAAACAGGAUGCCCCUGGAGUUGUAGUGUUGCAAGAGUGGUGGGGGGUCAACAACCAGGUCAAGAACCAUGCCACCCACAUCUCCCAAAUCGGCCAUGGAUACAGAGCGCUUGUUCCAGAUUUGUACCGUGGGAAGGUCGCUCUGGAUGCUGCCGAGGCUCGGCAUCUGAUGGAAGGGCUAGACUGGCAGGGCGCAAUCAAGGACAUUCAAGCCUCCGUGAAAUGGCUCAAGGAAAAUGGAUCACCCAAGGUUGGUGUUACUGGUUAUUGCAUGGGAGGUGCCCUGGCAAUCGCGAGUGGAGUUUUGGUACCGGAGGUUGAUGCUGUUGUUGCUUUUUACGGGACGCCAUCGUCGGAGCUUGCUGAUCCUUCCAGGGCUCUUGCUCCAAUCCAGGCUCAUUUUGGGGAGCUCGACGCUUAUGUCGGGUUUGCUGAUGUGACCGCGGCCAAGUCGUUGGAGGAGAAGCUCAAGUCUUGUGGGGUAGCACAUGAAGUGCACAUAUACCCUGGAUGCUCUCAUGCCUUCAUGAACACAUCACCUGAGGCUCUCAAGAAUCAGGGAGCCAUUGACCUGGCAUGGUCCCGCUUUGCUACAUGGAUGGGUCGUUUCCUGUGAUCUGUAUCAGAGCCAUCACCACACUGUCUGAACCUGAGGUGUACAUGGACUCAGAGUCACGAUGAGUAAUGAGAAUAAGAUGUUCAGUACGUGCGUACAACAUGCAGUCGUUGUCCAAUCCAGACAAGUUUUGCUCGUGUUAUGUUAUGUGAACUCGUCAUGGUUAUGUUUUGUGAAUGGUGAGCUAGUUUGGUC